UAGCACGUUCAAAAUAAUUAUUUUUAUGGAAUCAGUUAAUUUAAAUUGCGCGUACUUAGUUUUAAAAAUUAAUAUUUCUAAUUAAGUGAUGGUAUUUUUCUUGUUAAGUAAUGGUGUUAUAUGUGUUAUUUAAUUGGUGUUUGGUGGCAACAUUAACAAGUGCUAUUGCCAAAGAUACAGAAACUGUUUCAUGGUUACCACCGUGGUUAAUGGCAGCAAUUAUUGACCAAGACCACACUGGAAAGAUUCGUGUUGAUGAUGGAUGUGAUAUGGUUUAUCACUCAGAUAAUUGUACUAUCCAUUUAAAACCUAUUGGUUCAAGUUGUAAACAAUUGUUAAACUUUCGAAACAUUUUUAAAGACCAAUCAAAACUAGAAGUAUUUUUUAAUUUAACUGAUUCAACAUUUCCAUCUGAUAACUUUUAUAUCUAUAAUGUUAAUGUAGGGUUAUGUAAUAACGACAUAACUUUUAUUACUAAAAAUAUAGUUUCAAAUAACUUUAUUGAUCGAUAUAUCUUACUUUCUGAUGUGAAAAUGGAAAUAGUGUUGAAAGGUUUUGAGAAAUUUGAUCAAUCAAAAAUCUCCAUUCGUGCUACAGGAAAGGGAAUGAUAAAUGAUAAACAGUAUAAAAUUACUAUAACAAAAACAUUUUUUAAUGACUUUUUUAACAUAAAACUAAAUGCACACAAAGUGCAUUUUGAAGAUUUACUUUUCACAUUUAGAAUAGAGAAAAUUUUUUAUAAAGGUUUAUGUAUACUCAACAAAAAAGUUUUGGAAGCAUUAGUUGCAAAAAAAAUUUCUAUUUCUGGAAUUUAUGACUUUAAUAGAGGAUUUUAUUUUUCUGGUAAUGUCAUUUUUGCUGAUCCUCAUUCUAAACGACAUUUUUCAACUGAAAUAAUUGUUUUGCGGGAACCUCAUCAACCCCUAAAAUUUGGGGUUAUAAUCAAAGGGAGUAUUCACCAAAACAUUCUGCCACUGUUAGAAGAUAUGUUAAAAAGAAAGCAAUCAAAUGUACCAUUAAUUGAUGAUGUUGGGCAUGGUUUUUUAAGUAUUUCAAGUCAUAACAUUUUACGAGCUAACUUUGACAAAAAUAUCCGUCCUCGUGCAAUUCCAAAAGGAGUGGUUUUACAAACUAUUUCAAAACUGAAUGAGAUCCAUAAGUCACAGUCUGAAGUUUCUAACAAUGAUACAUUAGGACUGCGAUUGGUAAAGCUAAUUAUGUGCAGUAAAAAAGAUCAAGUUGAAUUUAACCCAAAUAAUAAUAUUGAUUUGCACAAAUUUCUUGGCAGAAUAAGCACUGUUAAGAAUGAUUAUUUUCCAAGUUGGUUGAAAACAAAUGGAAUUGUUUAUGUAAAAGUUGAAAAACUAGAGUACUCUGGACCUAACAAAAGUAACAUACUCUUGAAGCUAAAGCUCAAAACCUCUUUAAAAGUUUUAUUUGGAACAAUAAAAAUUAGUAAAAUAAAUUUUGAUUUAACAAUGGAUAGAAGUCAUAAACCAAAUCAAUGGAUAUGUGGAUUUUCUUCUGUAAAAAAAUCUAUAGGAUCAAUAGAGUUCAAAGUUUCAAUUACUUGUGAUAAAGGCCUCAAGAAUUUCAGAAUAAUUAUUGAAAGUGUUUAUUUGAGAUUCAGUAAGCUCUUGGGGUUACUUCAUAUUGAUAAAAUUCCAUUUGAAUUGAAGAAAAAUACAAAUCAACUCUAUAACUUUGACAUAAAAGCUUUGCGAAUUGAAGAAAGUCAAAACCAGUUCUUGAGACUAACUGGUGUUCCACUUUUGUUUGGCAUGGAAAAUUUAGCUAUGGAAGGUAUAAUUUGGCAGGAAGGAGCUGAAAAAUGGUUUGCAGUUGGUAUUGUUUUGAAAGAUGUUGACUUCAUUGAUAUGUUAAAGAAAUUAACUGGGACAAAAAUAAAUGCAUUUUGGGUUGGAAAAACUACAACAUCAAUUUUGUUGAGUAACACAAAUUCAAGUCCAGCAGUCUAUACUGAAAAUCACAAUCACACAAUUCGAUUGAGAAGAGAUACCACUAAAGAAUACUUUGAUAACACGCAGAAUAAUAAUAUGGCAGCAAACUCACUGUUAACUCAGCCAAACUAUGGACAAUAUUUUUCAGAUUUCCUUCAACAUAAUGAAGUUGCUUCUCCAAGUUCUCAGAAUACAUAUUUAAAUCCUUACAUAGAGCCUCUACAACAGCAAAUUCCUCAGCAAGUUUCAUUUUUUAAUUCAAAGUUUGAGUCAAAUUCAGAUUUUCUUGAUCCGAAAAGGGUAAAUGGUUUCAAUAUUAUGAAUACAUUGUCUGGUCAACCAAUUGUUUCGUUAAACACAUUACCUGGUCCAUCUAUCACUUCAACAAAUACUUUGCCUCUGCAACAAAGUACAAUGCCUGGUCAACCUAUCAAUUCAGUAAAUAUUUUUGCAGACCAUCAAGUGAGUACACCUUCAUCAGAACACAUUUCCUCAAUGCCAAGUUACACACCGGCCAGUGGUAACCUGGAAAAUUUAAAGCAAGAAAAUUUUUUAAAAGGUGUAUUUUCUGGUUUAAAUAAAAUGCCAUCAUCACCUUUGUUAAAAGAAAAUGACUUGAAUAAUGGAUCACCUGUUCCCAUAAAUAAAUAUCCUAACUCAGCCAGUUUUGGUCAAAAUGUUGAGUCACUGCCGACAUCUGGUCCAAUAACAAUAUCUCUUGCAAAUCCAUUUCUUUAUUCACAAAAUAGUUUUUUGCCCACAAACUUUGUCUACCAGCCACAACCAUCAAGCUUAACAUUCAAUAAAAAUAGUAUUGCUCCUACAGUCUCAAUUAUGAAUAGUUUAAUGGAAGCAUACCAUAAAAUUAAUAUGCAAAAAAUGAAAGAAAAUCAAAAUCAGGCAAAAAAUAUUGAGGCAGGAAUUAUAGAUAUGAUGGCAGAUAAGCGUUCUUUACCACUUAGUAUCCAGGAUCCCCUAGUUCAUAAUAAUUUGUAUGAUAUAUUUAUGAAUAAUGCUGAUGCUAUGAUGAGGAGCUUGAGCUUUUCUAAAAAUUUAGUUACUCAUGAUGACAAACGAAAAUCUAAAAUUCCUAAACCUGAUUCAUUGAAAGCUAAACACAGUAAGCCUUUAAAAACAUCAAAAAAUAAAAGUUCAUUUAUGAAAAAAAGAAGAAAGAAGUCUGUAAAAAAAAAGAAUGUAUUACGAAAGAAUUACAGAAAUAAAAAAAGAAGUGAAAUAAAACACAAAGACAUAAAAAAUAAUGUAGCUGAUUUAAAACAUAAUAAAAAUGACAACUUGACGAGUUCUAAAAUAAAAAACAAAAUACAACAAGAUGUUGAUAACAUUACAAAUGUUUCACUAAGACAUAAUUUCUCUCUUCUACCUCACACAACGUUUAAUGAUUCAUCUUUUAUUUAUAAAUUGUCAUCUCAGCCUUCUUCUAUCAAAAAAGCUUCUAAAGUAUUAAAAAAUGAGCAAGAGAAAAUUUCCAAAAAAACCAAAACACUUAAGCAAAAUGCUUCUGUUGCUCGUGAUUGGGUAGAAGUACAUAUACCAGAAACUGCAGAAGAUUUCUUUAACCCAUCAGCAAACGAAGAUGAGAAUGUUCAUUUUUUUAAAAACAAAACACCUGUUGUGAUAAAUGAUUUGAUUGGUUCAUUUGCAGAAUCGAUUGCUAAAUCCAAAUCAUCUGAUAAAGUUUUUUUUAAUGAAAGACUUGGUCUUUCUCGACCUAACAUUACAGGAUUGAAUGAGCGAGCAAACAUCAGUGAUAAUAGCAGAGAACAACAAAUAACUAAUGAGGUUCCAGAAGAAAUGCUUCAUAAUAUUUCAUUUUCAAGUGUUGUGAACAAUUCAUUGAUUGACCACAAAAGUUUUAACAAAAACACUACUCAAGAACUUCAUUACAAUUCAAAAAUAAAUACAACAACAGAAAUCGAUAGUGCAACACUAGCUACAUUCAAAAUCAUUAAUGAUAAAGUAGAUUUAACAGAUAAUCAUAAAAAAAGUCUCAAAUUUAUUAAUGAAUCUCACCAACCACUUGAAUCUAUUGAGCAAAAGAGUUUACAUGACGUGAUUUGGUUUGGUUCAAAGUACAGCACUGACCCUGAAGUUUUUGACAAGUAUAACCCAAAACUUAAUUAUUUACAUAAUAACAGCAUUGUUAAUAAAACUUCAGAUAAUAUAAAUCAUCCAAAUACUAAAAUUGUAAAUGAACCAUCUAAACAUUUGCAGCAGUUUACUGACAUUGUUCCAGAAAGUUCGAUAUUAACAUCACCAACAAGUUCAUUGACAGUAAAGGUACUUAAAUCAAUGAAUACUAAAAGUAAUCCUAAGAAAAACAUCAAGUUAUCUUCUGGAAAGGAUAACAUUAAUAUAUCUUCUGAAAAGAAUAACAUCAAGAUAUCUUCUGGAAAAGAUAACCUCAAUAUAUCUUCUGGAACAAAUAAAUCUAAAAAUAUAAUAGCAGUAAAGGAUGAUGUAGAUGAUAUUGAAGUUAUAACAAAUCCUGGUAUUCAUAAUCAUUCAUUGAAAUCUGGUCAUCCAAACAUUUUUAAACUUAGUUUGACUGAUGGAGAUAUAGAUGACUUAAGGAGUAUUAGUCAAAAAUUGAAAAACAAAUCAUCUGUUACCAUAGAUACAAGUAAUAAUUCUAUUAUUAAAGCAGAAAGCAACAUUACAGUAUUGAAUAGAUCAUUAUCAAUUGAUAAUGAAAAUAAACUGUUUUUAAUAAAUACCGAUGUAAAACGCAUAAAUAAAACAAUAGAUAAUAAAAUAAAAAAAAAUGAUUCUAAAAUUAUAGCCAAUAAAGUACAACAAACAACUGAUGAUGCUCAUAGACUAAACAAGGAUAACUUCAGAAAAAAUAAACCAGAUACUUCCAAUGUUACUUCUAAUGAUGUUUCCAAUGAUGUUUCCAAUGAUGCUUCCAAUCAGAUACCAGAUGCUUCCAAUCAAAUAAACAAUGGUUCCUUAGCUAUUGAGAUUCUUAAAGACUUACUUGAAAACAAUAGAAAUUUUAACAAUGAAAGUAUUGCACCAAACGGGACUGCACCCAAACCUGAAAAGCUCCGUGAAAAAUCAAAUUCAGGACCAAAUGAAACCAAAUUAAUGCCCAAACCUUCUAAUUCUGGACGAAUUGAGCAAUCCCAAAAUUCCACUAAAGACAUACCUAAAGAUAAAAAAUUAAAAAAACCUAUAACAUUAAAAGAUAGAAGUAGUUUUGUCAGUCUUAAUGAAUCAUCUCUGAACAACAGCAGUAAUUUUUCUGACAGUUUUUAUAUAUUGAUUGAUAAUAAAACAGAAUUUAAUAAUAGUAUAAAUAUUUCAAAAAUAAUAUAUUUUGAUCCUGCUAAUAUUUCAAGUCAAAGUAGUGAAAAAACAUCUAAUAGUAACAUUAUUGGACAAGAUGAAUAUUUUUCAAAUAUGAAAAGUGAUGAAGAAGAAGAAAAAGAAGAAGAAAAAGAAGAAGAUGGAAUUAUCUCCAAUGAAAUUGAUCAAAACAAAAUUAAAUCAAAAGAAACACCAAUUUAUAACCAUACUUUGAGUUCUGACAAUGAUCAACCUCUAACACAAAAAAGUUCAGCUAUUCAUAAUGAAAAUAAAUCUAUAAACCAUUAUGAUCUUUCACUUGACAAUCAAAGUAAAGAAUACUCUUUCAAAAAUGAAUCUGAUGGUGAUCCAAUAGAAGAAGUUGAACAUGAUUUUGAUGAAAUAGAUUUAGUUAAGAAGUCUGACCCAUCUAAAAGUAUGCAAGCAUUACACGAUGAUUCUGAUGAUACCCCCUCUGUUAUUGAUGACAGCAGUGAAGAUGUUUAUGCUAAAAAAUUACACGAUUAUUUAUAUAAUAACCAGUAUAAGGAGUAUGAAGAUAAAUCCUCGGAUGAUCACAGUCAAGUUAAUGAAUACCUAAAUGGAGAUACUGAUAACUUAGACAAUAUUGCACAAAUUGUUUCAAUGUAUAAAAGUAAAUUGAAACAUGAAAGUGCAACCAAAUUUUUGGAGAUAAAAAAAAAGAAAAAACCGAGAAGUAAAAAUAAAAAGUUGUAUUUAGUCAAAAAUAAAAAACUACAAGUUGUUAUGGAAAUUCGACCAGAUAGCAAAAGCAACAAAAUAUCCGUUGAAACUCAAGGCAUAGAUAAUUUGUUUCACCCAUUUAUUGACAACAAGUUUUCAAUCAACAGAAAAAAGUUGCUCAGUAACUUUUCUGGUGAUCAAUUAGACAGCCAUAAUUUUAUAAUGAGAAAGUAUCCAGCAAUAGCUCCUUAUAAAAAAGUUAGUACCAGUAUAUUAAAAUCUAACAAUGAAAAAAAUAAUCAUAAUGAAUUUUACAGCAAUUUCGCUAAUUCGAAAAAAAAGAUUUUGCUUGAUGUUUUAAAGCAUCUCAAUCGAAAAAGGCAUCAAAAAGAAUAUCAAAAUUCUAAAGAAAAACUUCUUAAGUCUAGUCUUCACAGAUGGAACAGAAAACUUUUUAACAAACCAAAAAUAAGGCAAGAUCUUCAAUCAAAACUAAGUUUUUUAAAAAAGUUUAAUCUUUUUGCAAAAGAACUAAAUAAAGGUAAAUUUACAAAACACUGGAAGGAUAAAGCUGAUAUAGAUGGAGGUGUUGAAAAUAUAGUCACAAGUCAGUUUAAUAGUUUAAAAAAGAACGAUUUUGAAAAAUUCUCUGAUCAAGACACACAAAAAAAGAAUAAGUUAAAUCAAACAUAUGUUGAUGUAACAACUGACAGCGACCCAUUAGAGAUAUUUCAAGGAAGCAAGUUUGAGGGUAGCCAUUUAUUGAGCAAUGCACAGAAAAAAAAUGUUCAAGUUCGAUUGAUCAAUAGCUCAAGCACUCUUUAUCCUGUUAUUGAUGAUUCUGUAAGAAAUGAAGUUUCGAGUGCUUUAACUGAAGUUACUAAAUCUAAAAAAAAAAAAAAUUUCAAUGAUUACAUUCAUGAUAAGUUUCAUGAAACCACAACAUCAGAUAGUUAUAAAAUGUUCUCUAGCAUACCCAAUGCUUAUGACUUAAAUAAUAAGGCGUUAAGGAAUCAGCAUCCAAUUAUUUACAAUGACUCAAUAGUGGAAUUUUUUAAAAGAAACUCAAUUCCCAUUAACAAUCACUCUCUAGAUCCUGAUGAUGUUAUUAGCAUAUUCAAGCUCGCAGAACUUGAAGAUCAAUUAGAACCAUUACCAUGGUUACAUGGGACAAACAAUACAAAGUUCUUAAAUAAGUUUUUUAAAGUGAAGUUAAAAGACAAAAAAGUAAAAAAAAUGGCUGCUUAUACAAAGCACAAGAAAAUCAACAGAGCUCAUAAUUUUUCUUCUCAUUAUUUAAGCAGCAAAAAAAACUUAACACUUGAGUACAUAAAUUCUUCAACUCACCUCAUUUCACCUAUAAAAGAAGCAAUCAAGAAAUAUCUGUCCCAGCACUCACAGAGUGAAGUCAUGACAAACAAGAAAACUAGUUUAGACACAGAAACUAGAAAAAUCAAGGAUUCUCAACGAGCUAAUGAAACCAUAAAUAAAAGUAAACAGCAGUUUUUGGAAGAGUUUGCAGAGAAGAAUUUGAAAGGAAUAGAUGAAAAAAUUCUUCAGUUGAAAAAUAAUCUAGAAACUGUUGCAUAUGAAGAUGCUGAACAAAGAUUAACAUUCAAAGAUAUCGAAAGGUUGAAGGGAAUCACUGACAAGAUAAAUGAAUUUAAAAUGAGCUUAAAUAAUGACUUAGCAGCUAACACAACAUUGUCUAAUAAAACAGCAUUUAAAAAGGAAAGUGCAAAUGAAAUUUUAUCUUCUGGAAAUAAGUUUUCAUGGAAUAAUACAUGGUCAAAUAACAGUAAUAAUUUUUUAGAUAGGUCUGAAUCUCCUCGCUCUCUUUUUUUGAAGAAAAAGAAAAAUUAUUUUUCAUUUAAAAAAAAAAAAAUUAAUAAUAAUAAACCAAGUUUGCUAAAGAAGAAAAAAAAUCAUGUUAAAUUACAGGGAGCUGAAAGCAAAAAGUUUCAAAACAAAAACCAUAAAAACUAUGAUAAUCACAAAAACCUCACAAAGACCACAGUUUACAAUUAUGAUAAAAAAUUUCGAAUGCAAGAUCUGAAGAAUAUAACAAUUGUCGAAGGAGUUUCAUUAUAUACCACUGUGCUUCAGUCAGACUUUUGUCGUGAUGGCGAUGAACUUUGUUUACUUAUUAAAAGAAAUGUUAUUAGCAAUGCACCAUUAUAUUUGAAAGGAGUUUUUGUGUCAGGUGAAAUCGAGUUAACUGCACCUGUUCCUGUGACAAGUCAGUUUACAAAGACAUGGAGCAUCGAAUUUUUACAGUUAGUAAUGCAAAUCAAAAAAUCAUCUUCUUAUGUUUUUGUAAGAGCCGAGCUUGUGUUCAGAGAUGAAAAUUUGAGGUUUAACGGAAAAAUAGCUUUAGGAGCAAAUGGUCUUCAGCUAUCUAUGAGUAUGAAGGACCAAUGGAGACAACCAUUUGGUGUUGAUUAUAUUGUGAUUAACAACCCAAUAUUUACCACUAGCUAUAAUGUUGAUUCUCUCUCAUAUUUUGAAAUGAAAGGGAAUUUUUCAUUGGGAAUUAUUGACUCCAAGAACGCUUUGAAAGGCGAGCUUCAUAUUGGUUACAAUCCAAAUGAUCCCUCAGCAAAUUAUUUUUAUGGUGAAAUAAAUACUCUAACUGUAAAAAAUUUGUUAAAUGCAUUUAACAAAACAGUAAUGCUUCCGCAGGUUAUUGAAAGUUCUUACUUUCCACAUGGCUUACUUGUUUCUUACAGCUCAAAUCCUAAUGGUUACAGAAUAGUUGAGAGAAAGCUAAAGAUUGACUAUGGGUUCAUGCUUUCUGGUUACAUUAAUUUUAUUGGUUAUAAAGUUUUUUGUGUUAUCAAGAUUACUACAGCCGAAAUAACUAUGACUAUUUUAAUGCCAUCAAUGGAAUUUGGUGGUGGGUUUGUACAAAUGCAAAGCAGUGAAGAUGACUUGACCCAUGGACCUACUAUGGUACUACAUAUUGCAAAAGAUGAAGUCUUAGUUCAAGCAGUUGGUGAAGCAAGUAUGCUGGGAGUGCAUGGACCAUCAUUGUUGUUAAUUUCAAAUGAUACUUUUAAGCUAAAGAUGAAGGCAAAUUUUUAUGAUUUAAUAGAUGGAACUUUAUUGCUUGAAGCAGGGACUGAUGAAGGGCUAUCAUCUGCCAAGUUCAGGCUUGAUUCGUGUUUAAAUAUUAAAGAAGAAAAGUUGAAAGAAGCAAUAAUCAAUAGAAUAAAUUCAAUCAUUGAAAAUGGAAACUCAACUCUUCAAAGAGCUAUUGGGAAGCAUGAAGAGAUUGUUGCAAUGUUUGAUCGCACAAAGGAGACAUUAGAAGAAAUGAAAAGAAUUAUCAAUGAUAAAGAAAGAGAACUUUUUUCAGACUCACAUGAUAUUGUUGAAAGUCAAAAGCUUAUAGCAACAAAUUGCUUUCAAAAAUGUCCAAAAGUUUGUCAAAGUGGUUUUACUUUCAAAAAGAAAUGCACCAAAGUUUUGCACAGAUGGAUAUCAUGUAGAAAAUUUGAAGAAUGCUACAGAAAACGACCACAAAUUGAUUGUGUUCUCGACUGUGAACAAAAAAAGUUUUUACAAAAAGGUUUUAAUUUUGUGACAAGGAAAAGAGCAUUGAAAAAUUUCUUGGCUUUGAAAUCUCAAUGGAAAAAUUUAUUCCUUUAUGAAAGCUUACUGCAAAAAAUCCCAUUAAAAAUGGCUGAAGAACUUGUGUCUAGCGUUAGAACAGAGGUGCAUGUAGCAGACAAAGUUGUUGACUUGCUUACAUUAACACCUGAAAAUGAUAUCUUCAGGUUCCAACAUUUUUGCAUUUGGGGUAAUUUAGCAGAACUUAAUGACUUUUGUGUUGCUUUUAAUAUGAGCAUAACACUUUUAAAACAAGAUAUGUCUAUGUCUGAUAAUCUCUGCAUCAAUGAGAAAGUAUUUGUUACUUUGGGUGCUGAUGUGGUCAAUAAGCAAUAUCCAGAAGUUGUUGAAAUGGAAAAAGUAUUAGUUUCAAAAGAAAAAGAUUUUGAAAAACUUAAACAUGAGAAGAUAAAAAUUGACAAACUUCUUACAAACCUGAGAAGAAACUUUAACAACCAAGAAGUUACAGCUGAUUUUAUGGAGCAUUAUUAUCUCCCUAAUUCAAAUGAAGAGUACUUUAACAGAAUUAUCCGCAGCUCAGUUCCUGGAUAUUUGUUUCAUCCUGAUAUUAUAUUCAGUUUAUAUGGGCCUAGAAAAGAAUUUUCCACAAGUUACACAUCUAACAGUAGUUUACAUAGAAAAACAGUCAAAAAAAGCUGUGAUGACUACUGUUCUUGUCUUACUCGAACUAUACACAUUUACAAUGAAAUUGCAAAUGGUUUAAAUACUGUUCUAUCAUCUGUAAAGCAAGAAAAAGAUUUUCACAUUAGAACAAGAGAUAAACUAAAAAAGAUUUUCCAUUCAAAUAUUUCUUGUUGCCCAGAAUUUGCUAAAAAAUCAAGCUAUGAAACACAGAAGUUUUUAGAUUUACAAUCAUCUUUGGACAGAAGCUAUCGACAUUGGUUGAAUGUAACUUUUAAACAGCUUGAUGAAUAUGAAAGAAGUGUUGUUCCUGACUAUAUCAGCCAAAUUUCUGAUAUUUUUCCAGAUAGUGAUCUCCAGUCUUUUCUUAAUAGACUAAAUCAACAAGCUAAGAGUAGUGUUAAAAGAUCGGAAAUUUCUGGGAGAACAAAAACUAUGGAAAUCGAUAAUAUUGAUGAAAUUAAGCUGGGUUUGGAAAAGUUAUUGUUUUUAAAUAUAAGCACAAGUCUCGAUGAGAAAAUUACAUUAAUUCGCGAAGUAAAGAAAAAACUUUUAUUAGCUCGUACACUUGGCAAGUUAUGCAAGGUUAGUAGGUUAACUUCACCAGUAAAACAUAGUUGGAGUAGUUACAGCGGUGAUUACGAAGAUCCAGAGGAUUACGAAGAUAAACAAUAAUAACAAAGAUAGUUUUAUAUGUGUUGUAAAUAUAUGUGUGUUAAAAACUAAAAUGUACAAAUAAUGUAUAACAAUAGUUUUAUGUCUUGAUUUUUUCUAAA